AUGUCUUUUGUAAGGCGACUGCACGAGUGUUUCAGCCGUCAAACCUCAGACGGUCUCAUGUCCGCGUGGGAGUGGAUACAGAAGCGCCGAGCAGAUCACUUUAUGCAGCCAGUCAAUCGUUCACGAGGACCCAGCUACUCUUUUGCGUUGUUGAGUACUGCAUGCAUUGUAUCAUUCUGUGUUUCGACUGCCUGCAUCCGCUGGGCGUCCAUCACACGCUCUUUCCUCCUUAUUGCCUCAGCAGAAAGCUCCAGCAGUUCUGUGUUUCUGCCCAUCGACUGGGCGAACAGGACCUCAGGAGCAACUCAUGAAUGCGAGAUCGAUCUCGAUCAAUCGAUCUACAUCAUGACUUAUUUACGCCCGGGAUUUGUAGUGGUCAUUGUCGGAGCGACUUUGACUUCGAUAUCGACCGUCAUCGUCGGGCUGAGAUACUAUUGUCGAUACUUUCUCAUGGGCACCAUCACCGCAAGUGAUCAUCUCAUGUUGACGGCAUUGGUCCUCUCUUGGGGCAACUUUGUCAUCAACUAUUAUCAAGAUGAGACAAGCAGCAAAUUCCGACCAAGUUAUAUCCGGAUACCAGAGAAACGACUGGAGGUAGAAGCAUCAUUGCGCGGUACCUUAAUCACAUGGUGGCUCUACCGCAUCACUUACAUCGUCGGGCUAUGCUUUGUCAAACUCAGCAUUCUCUAUUUCUACCGAGCAAUCGCUGCGCAGCGGACAUUUCGGCGCAUAGUUCACGCCACCAUUGCCUUCGUUUCCUUGUACACGAUUGCCGCAGCCAUAGCCGGCAUCUUCCAAUGCCAAAAGCCAUCAGAUUCGUGGGACACUGCAAACUACUUUGCGCAGUUCGACCGUAACCCAAACACGAAGCAAAAACAGCUUGCGUGCUUCGAUCCCACCAAACUCUGGAUAUUUUGCGGCGCAGCCAAUCUGCUUACCGAUGUGAUCAUCUUGCUGAUGCCCAUACCGGCGCUACUCAGCCUACGGGUGCCAGUCAGCAAACGCCUGGCACUCAUUGGGAUUUUCUCCGUUGGCAUCAUGGCCAUCAUAGCGAGCUCAGUACGCAUGUGGGUCAUGAUGCUGUGGGCCGAGUCGCCGUACAACAGCGCACGUUUCGGCGUGGAUUUGCUUCUCUGGGGCCAAGUCGAGACAAACGCUGGUAUCAUCUCCGCGUCUGUACCUUUCCUGCGGCUACUCUUCACGGGGGGUAAAGAUAGGCAGCAACAGGCAGGCACACCACUAGUAAGAGUCGAACCACCAAAGCCCAUGGGCGGUGUAGACCAGCACAACCAAAACCGAGCCCCUCAGCUUGAGGCAGAGGCGGGGGCAUUUGGAUUGGAAGAGGGGAAAGCGGGCGAGAAGAGUCCGAGAUGGGGACCGUUCAUUACUGUGCCAGAGAGUUUGAGCUUGAGGAGCCGGAACAGUACGAGUUUGGAGCCUACGAGACCGCUCAGUGCGGUGUAA